AUGAUUCCCUACAAGCCUGUGUUAGUAUCGCAAACACUAAUACGCUUUCUUUGGAUUCUUUCAGGAUGUCAUUUAGCCGGCUAGCUAAAUAAACACACCUGUGUCGGCCUCCGUUACAUCUUUGUCCAGGUGAGUGAGCGAAAGGCACGCGCAUUGAUGAAGCUAGCAGGUAGCUUGCUAGGCUAACGUUAGCUGGAGAUGAAUUAGCCUUGCUGUGAGAGGUUCGUUGUGGUGGAAGAAAGGAGGGUUUCGCCUGAUUUCAUGGCUAACCGGAGCACGCUUGUGGAAGGAUACGACGUCUGAAACUGUAUUUGUGUAGUAUCUUAAAGGAUUAGGAUAUAAAUUAGCAUAAUUAGCCUCUGGCUCCACCUCAUACACAGCUUGUGAUAGGGCUGGACUUGCAGGUGAAUGGUUUUCAUGGAGCAAAGUUAAAGUGAAUUUAACUGUCAGUGUUGAAAUAUCAUGUGCUAUUUUAAACAGACAGACACACAAACAUCUUGCAAACAUGCCCUUUCAGUCUGGAGCAGAUUGUUUGAGGUUAACAUCAUAUUUUGUGUUAGUUUGUUUUGAAAUUGACAGUCAGUUAUUAUCAUAUCGAGUAGGGGAGAGUGGGGUAAGUUGAGCCACCUCCUGUUGCUUUGGAAUGGUCAAAGAAAUUGAUCAUAUGACCAAAUAUUUAGGAGAUUGGCAUCAAUUCAUGGAGUCUGCAGAGGUUAGAAGCACAUGGGUGAAGGGGUUAGACAUUUAUUUCCCAAAUAAAAACAUUUUUCACUCUUGAAAGUCAUUUUAGUCUGUCGUCAGUUUUAUUAGAAUUGUGUUCAGACCAAAAAAGAUAAUUUUAAAUUUGUUUUAUACAUCAAUUGUGGUAUCUGUGAGCUACAACAUGAGGUUAAAAACCUAGAAUUUAAGUCCACCAUUUUAGCUUAGAGGACUAAUAAAGUCAUAAUAGUAGUUCUGGGGUAAGUUGAGCCAGAGUCUGAUGAAAGGAUCAGAGUUUCAGCUCAGAUUGUUGAAAUGUGUUACUUUUUCUUUUCAAACAUAUGGCUGUGAAUUUUCUGAAUCACCAGGUAUACUAGUUAGAGACAAAACUACGAUUGACUUGAUGUAGUGAUCCAAAAUAUGAAACAUGGCUCAUCUUAACCCACUCUCCCCUAUCUAAUAACCCUAUGUCCCUAUUUUCUGACUGCACUUUUACCCACAUUUUGCAGACUGUGGUUUGCAUUGCGCAAACUUUCCUCAGUAAACUAUUCCUUUCUUUAAAUAUUUGCUUUAGUUUUUAAUGCACAGCUCCCCAGUGAAAGUUUGCUUCAAACUUGUUCAUUUACAGCAAACUGUCACAAAAUCGACAUCAUUUCUUUGUGCGGCAGACUUGCAUGUCUUCUUUGGAGCCAGAAUUGCUGAUUCAGUGGAAAUAAAGAGGCCCUACUUCUCCUUAAGAUGAAGUCACUAAGGAACUGAUACAGGACAUUCAGAAUGCUGGUUUACUUGACCCUAAUUGUGAUUUGCUUUUCUCCAACUAUAAGAGUGAGGACAAAAUGACACAACAGAGCGUCCGUCGCUGGACACCAAAACACGUCGCCAAGUGGUUGAAGGAAGAAGGCUUCUGUGACUACGUUGACCUGCUGUGCAACAAGCACCGACUCGAUGGCACCAGUCUACUUGCCCUCAGUGAGUACGACCUGCGCUCACCUCCUCUGGAGCUCAAGGUGCUGGGUGACAUCAAACGCCUGAUGGUGUCCAUCCGCAAACUCCAGAAACAGAACAUCGACGUAUUAGAGGAACUCGGGCUCCCCUUUGACGGCCACUCUCCCACAGGCUCAGGAGGAAGUUUGGACUGGCUGUGCAAUGGAGACCCUGGCAGAGACUGUGACAGCACUGACACAGCUCCUGUGGGAGAGGAGUACCACCAGUACACUAACGGGAAAUACAAGCAGCAGACAAGGCGACUGGAUCCAGAGUACUGGAAGACGGUGCUCAGCUCUAUCUAUGUUGUUUUUGUGUUUGGAUUCACCUCCUUCGUCAUGGUCAUAGUGCAUGAGAGGGUCCCUGACAUGCGCACGUACCCUCCACUGCCCGAUAUUUUCCUUGACAGGUGAGUGUAUCACAAUCGGGACAGUGUUUAACAUAUUUUCUAACUUGGGACACCUUCAGGGAGACAAGAAAAACAUUAAUAAGUUGCGAAACAAAAAAAUAUAAUUUAAUCAACUGUCAGAAUAUCACACCAGAUGGUGGACAUUGUAAUUGCCCUACUUCCUCGUAGCAUCUUUCUAUUAUUGUCCUCUCAUAUUCCUGAUGGGCCAGAAAAGGUUCAAAAGGACUUCUGAGUGGUUUUUAAAGUGACCUACUUUGAAGUGUUUGAGCUUCUCGUGUUUUUUUUUUUUUUGUUUUAUCACAUUUUCAGGAAGAGGCCAGUGUGUUUUACAGGAAGUAAAUACUAAUUGUUUUGUUUAACUUUUUAUUUGAGUCAAUGUUUUUUUAAAAAUUCAAUCAUGUGUUAUGUAAAGCAAGGGUUGUUAGGUAAGGAGAAAGUGAAGGGAUGACAUUAACCAAGCCAAAAAUGAGGACUGUAGCCUUUCCCCUGCACCAUGUUGGAAACUUGUAUCUCAUGCACCUUAUUCAGAAUAAAUGAAAUAUGACUAUUUGGUGAAGGGACCGCCAAAUCAAGCUGCCAUUCAUGUCCACAUAAUGUCAUUUCACCAGUUUGAUUAACAAUAUUUCUCUCACACACAGAUCAAACUGUGUUUUUCAGCUGGAAAUGAGUGUGUCCUAUGUAUAUACUUAGCAUUUAAGCAAAAAAAUACUGACUGGCUCGUGGAUUAUACUAUUUCUGCUGUGUGGCAGGAUAUUGUAGUCACUCAUAUCCAGUAAAAAUCCUCGGAUGUUUUUUGGCUUGCCUUAUAAAUGGUAUAAAGCAGAUCCAAGCAGCAGAUUGUCCAAUUAAAGUUCUGCUCCAGAGUCUGUUUAUUCAUGGCGGUAAAAAAACUUGAAUUCUGAAAUCAUUUUGUUUCUCAUUUUGAACAGUGUGCCUAGAAUACCAUGGGCUUUUGCCAUGGCUGAAGCAUGUGGAGUGAUCCUCUGCAACAUCUGGUUGUUAGUUCUGCUGCUCCAUAAACACAGGUAGAGUUCUGUGCUGUUACUGUUACUGUGCUUUGGUACACCUGCAGUCUGUCUAUUAGGUAAACACCCGUGAGUAAAUGUUUCUAAUGACUUGUAGGUCCAUCCUUUUGAGACGCAUGUGCAGCUUGAUGGGGACAGUGUUCAUGCUGCGCUGCAUCACCAUGUUUGUCACCUCCCUGUCUGUGCCAGGACAGCAUCUGCAGUGCUCAGGAAAGGUAUGAAAAAGAUUCUGUGUGUAUCACAUCAUAAAGAGUACAUAUUUACCUCUCACACCACUGAGAGAUUCACCUUUUUCUUUCUCUUUUAAGAUAUAUGGUGACAUGUGGGCCAAACUGCAGCGAGCUGUGGCCAUCUGGAGCGGUUUUGGGAUGACCCUGACCGGAGUGCACACAUGUGGUGACUACAUGUUCAGCGGUCACACGGUGGUCCUCACCAUGCUCAACUUUUUCGUUACAGAGUGUGAGUCCAGUCAAACUCUAUUCUUUUGUUUUUCCUUUUAGAGGAAGACAGAACCUGUUACCUUUUAUACAUCAAAGUACUCCUCAAUAGUAAGGGUGUUACCCACAGAGGAUCCCUGUUAUUUUGAAAGAAACUGGCCAGACAACAGAAUCAGAAGCUAGGCUAUCAACAGCUGCAGAUUUGGUCUGCUCUACCAUGAUAUUUCACUAAUUUUAGGGUAUUACAACCCAAACAAAAAUGUAAUGUUAGUCUACACUGUGUUUACUUGAAAAGCCCUUUUGUUUUUGCAUAACACAGAGACGCAACACAUGCUUUUUUGCUUGCAGGGUGCUGAUCUAUCUGGAAAUAUGAGCACUAUUGACUAAGCAUUAUCUUAUAAUUCAGAGAUAAUUUGACUUUUAAGUUUUUUUCAUUAUUAUUAACCCAGUAUAUCUAAAAUUACUUAAAAUUAGUUAUUGCUGCAGUAUUUUGUGAGUCAUGUAGGACUUACGUAUGCUCCAGAUGGAUUUUUCUGUAUAGCUUGAAGAGCUAGGAACACCCCUUCUUUUUUUAAUACUGUGAAAUCUUUUUAAAAAUUCUUUUUACUUAUGAUAUAUUCAUUAUUAGGGGAUUUAAAGUGCUGGGUAAAGAGGAAGAAACUGCUGACCAUGUUUAGCAAUAACCCCUUUGUUGCCAUCCUGUGUCCUUCUCUGGUAUUACACUUGAAGAAAACAUCAGACUUUUUCAGUCAGUCAUGGAGGCAACAAGAAUACUUAACUACUUUACUUUAAUGUGAUAAAUCAUCAGGCAGUGUGGUAACAGUUCAAGCAACAAAAGGCUUGUUUGUUUUUUUUUUUAUAGCUUAUCUUUGCUGUGUAUUUUUACAGACACGCCAAGAAGCUGGAACUUCAUCCACACAUUAUCCUGGGUCCUGAAUCUCUUCGGCAUCUUCUUCAUCCUGGCUGCACAUGAACACUACUCCAUAGAUGUGUUCAUAGCCUUUUACAUCACCACUAGACUCUUCCUGUACUACCACACUCUAGCCAACACCCGAGCAUACCAGCAGAGUAGACGAGCUCGCAUCUGGUUCCCCAUGUUCUCCUUCUUUGAGUGCAACGUUAACGGGCCUGUUCCCAACGAGUACUGCUGGCCUUUCUCCAGACCUGCUAUGAUGAGGAGGAUGAUCGGAUGAUGAACAGAAUCAGCUGUGCAGUCAGACACUUUGUAGCCCAUGCUGUUACGUCUGCUUUGUCAAGUUGCCAACUCAAGCAGUGUGUUAUAUUUACAUCAACAAAGACAAUCGCACCAAGGCCUGAUGGAAUACACAGAACCAUACUUUAGUAUACAUGUUAGCUUAUCUCUUAUCCUGCUCCCCUUGAGUUUAUUUUAGGAAGACUGAACUUGAAAAGUCUCAUCUGAACACUACUUUGUUUAAAAAGUGCCCAUCUUCCUUCUCAAAGUAUACCAUUUAACUUAGCACAUAUAGUGGAUACAAACCAAACAUGGAGUUACUUUAGCCUUCUUCACAAAAACAGCUGUUGGAGUGUCACUUCGCAAGCUGAAAAUUCUUAACAACCAAUAGAAACAAUGCUAGCACCGACUUUAUUCCCAAAAUACUGGGACAGCAGGAAGUUAAAAUCAACAAUUCAGAACCCACUUAGUCUUAUGAUUUUUCCAACUUAUCCCAGAGUUUCUCUUUUUGUUUGACCCUCCACAGUAAAGGACAUUGAAUUAUGGAGAUCUAGGUUCCUUCAGAUCGUUUGAAUUAGUCCCACAAUUUAAGUUAUAAACUCAAACACAAGGUGCGAUGUUAAGUGAGUCCAUCAUUUUUGACUUUUCAGUGACUUAAAGAGAUUCUAUGCUAACAAUGGAAAACUUCAUUCAAGUGGAAUCAAGAAAUCUCGGGCAGCAUUGCAUACAGUCGUAUAGUAAGUGAUUUGCUGCAUUGCCUUUGUUUAUAUUGUGCUGCUAAAACCUUAGUUGAAUUUUGUUCGACUACAUAAUUAGUUUUUUGUUAGCCACGUCAAAAGUUUCUAAGCAGCAGCGUACCUCUUCCUUCAAAACAAUUCGUCAGUUUCUGUGCAAUUACAACACCUGAUCAUGUUACCGUUCGGAGCAGAUCCUCAACUUAAAGUUUUGCGCUAUCCUCCCUUUCCGUGUCAAAACAUAGAUCCAUGGACCACAGUUAAAGCAAUAUGUAAAGAUCAGUCUCGUACUCUUUCGUGCAUAGCAAUUUAUUGCUCAUCAUGUCGGUAAACUGAUUCUUGCCAUUGUCUAAAAGUCUUAGUCAUUCCCUAAGUAUGCUUUUGUUUUGACAGUAUAACUAAAGGAUGCAGUAACUAAAGAGCUUUGUUUCUAUUGUUAACUUAGCUUGCCUUUUCCUUAUCUGAACUAAAAAGAUACCAUUCAGAAAUUGUAAAUAUCAGCCAAAAGAUGGAAUUGAAGAUCUUUUCCAGCUGUCUUAAAUAUAAUUCCAUUUGCCAAGUAUUGUAUAAAAUGUCCCAAAUUGUUCAUGUUUACUGUUGAACAGCUGUAAAUCCAUUAUUUUCCCCCCAUCAUCAUAGAACAGACAUAGUACAUUAUGAGCUUUCACUGACAAUAAUCCUUUAACAAGAUUCUGUAGUAAUAGUUCUCAAAAGGACCCUUCAAUUUGUAUGUACUUGUUUAUAUUAAUUUAUUUAAUUUUGUAAAUGUUGAUAGGUAUUUUUAUAUUUCUUAUGAAGUGUUACAGCAACAUGCACAUGGAGAAUAAUGUUUACAGUUGCUAUGUAUUUGUUUGGAACACAAUGUGCUUUCUAAGUGUAAUGUUAAUUUCAGAUCGGCCUCUGCAUUUCCUAGAGUGCAGCUGCAGUAAGGAUACGAUGUAGUUGAAUUUCAUUUCAGCAUGUUGGUGACAUGACCCUUCCUGGGAAAACAGACUACAAGACUCAUUUGUUAUGAGGAGUGAUGCUGUCAUGCUCAUACCGUAUACACCUGCAAAGCCAUGUCAACUGUUUCAUGUCUUGUCCAGUCAUUUCAACCAUUAAAGAAGCUGAAAUUAAAGACUCGACCCAACUUGUUUUCUUGAAUUUAUGGCACAGCUGCAAUAAUGGGUGUGGCAGAUGAACACUUGGCACAGUAUUCAGAGAGCAGGAGAGAUGAUGAGGAGUUUAUGCAAUUUGUAAUGGCCAAUCUUUUGUUAAUUUAUUAGCACUCUUUGGAUUUUCAGGCUUCAUACUGUCUUGAUAGCCUAGUUAUCUUUACAUGAUUUACAGCUCAAGAACUCAGUUGAUCUUGAGCUCGAGUGGAAUUUUUGACAACAAAGAAACCUAUAUAUUGGACCAACACAGAUGCCAUACAAGUAUGAUUUGCUCUAAAUUGUGUGCUCUAAAUGUUUUUAUUGUGAUAUUGUAAAUGUUUAAUUUUUAUUUUCUUUUCCCCACCACAUCUUUUUUUUCAAUUCUUCAGCAAUAACAAAUACAUAUUAUUGAACAUGGGGUAGCUACAUUCAUUUGAGAGGAAUCAAGACUGCAUUACAAAAAAACAACACUGUUUUUGUGUCAUUAACUUCUGUUGUGACUUUUUUGCAUCACCAUUUUUUUGUGCCAUUUACCUCUGUUGUUACCUUUUUUUUAAUUGGACCGUUUUUUUUUUUUUUUAUUUGCCGCGGGCUUCGGUUUCUUUUUCUUUCUUUUUUUUUUUUACUGGACCGUUUCUUUUUUAUUUGCAGUGGGCUUUGGUUUCUUUCUUUCUUUUUUUUGCAUUCUUUUUUAUUGGCAGCAGUGGCAGUUCUCGGCCACCGAAGCUAUUUCAUCAAAUACUAUACAAUAUUCUCGUGCAGAUAUUCAAAGUGCUACAUUCAUCACUGUAAGACACUCAUGCUGACAUCAGCGUAUUGGUUACCAUGGUUAUUUAGAGGUCUUCCACUUGCCCGUUGUGCCAGUUGCAAACGUUUUGUAUUAAAACUAUUAACACAUCCAAAUAACGACAAUUGAGUAUCUUGUUGUCAACAUACAAAAUACUUCCUUGAAUAUCCAAGGAGAAAUGACAAUAUUUUCUCAUUGCUCCGAUUUCAAACAGGCACAGAACAAACAGCUCUGUUUGGGGUCCUGCGGCGCCGAGGUCAGCAGGGUGGUUUACAGUAGCGGUGGUGUCUCCUCCAUAUCGUCCUACACCGGCUCCUCCUGCUGCUGCUGCUGCUUCAUCAUCCACUGCAGGUUCUGCAAAAUCACCAACAACACUAACACUCGGUGAGUAAGAGGCCGCAACUCACAGAGGUGAACCUUUUAGUGAAUUUCAUGGAACUUUUUUAUCAGAAUGACGAUAAUGAAACGUCCCAGUGCUAGCUUAAAAACGCCCCCUACCAUGAUCAAACUCCUUCAAUAUACGAAAACAAGUCAACCAACGACAGUGCAGAGUUUCUUACUCCACCAGAAAAGGAGAAAUUAUUUUUUAAUUAUUGUAAGGUAAUGAUAUUUAAGAAAAAAAAUGCACUUCUGUGGUGUGGUUAUACCAAAUAUGCCAUGGCAUCUUUAUUCCCAAUGUUUCCAUGGUGAUCAUGGAUAAAGCUCGCGGACUAAUGCAGACAGACCUUCAGUCUCACCUUGACAGCAGAUCGUGAGAGACAUGGAGACUGUGCGAGUAGGAAUAAGUGCUGCAGGUAUCUGUCACUACAUACUUCUAGACUGAACCAGAUGACCGAUGAAGGAGAGAGUGGAAAAAUGACAAACACAAUCAGAAAUAGUCAAAACUCCUGACAAGAUCACAAGUCUCCCUGAAUUUUGCUUUUGUUGUCAUCUUCCCUGUUACACCCUAAUAAUAGUAAUAACCAUCGUAUUUAUCAAAGUCAAAAAUGAUCCAAUACCCCAAACAUUCCCAAAGAUAGUAAUAAAAUCCCAAUACAUCUUGAUGUUUAAGCUAUCAAGUAAUUUUGCUAUUUGGUAUUAUUUAUUUAAUGCUUAUUUGUCAUUUUGCUUUGCUUAAUUGAUUCAGUUUCAGUCAUAUAAUUUUAGUUAAUUUGGGUCACAGCUAUGCACUUUUAUUUUGAAGGACCUGGGCAAUUUGGACACACAGGUGAAUUUACUUAGUUGAUGCAGCCACUCAGGCAGGCAGUAUGCACUGAUAGUACGCACUUUCUGAGUAAGAUUCGCUGCCCGGUGCCCUCAGUGACCUUUUGAUUUUAUUGUUGUUGACAAAUAGCCACUACACUUUUUUAUAUGUGCAAAAACUUACCAUACAUUUAAACAUCACACUAUUUGAUUGACUGGAGUAUGCAAAAUACUCACAAAGGUUAUGUGCACAAUUAAUGUAAUCAGUUCAACCUGUCAAAGUAGAAGGUGAAGGCAAAAGGAGUAGAAACACUUUUGGGUCUUCAUAUCCAACGCUUACAGAGGCUCUUUUGAUGCUUCAAGGUUGAUACAUUUGUUUUUUUUUUCAAGGAAGAGGGUUGUUGCAGUGGUUAAAAUGACAAAAUAAUGUUAAUAAAAUAAAAUGAAAAUAAGGCAGUUGAAUUAAACACCAUUAUUACAGUGUGCCUUGUUUUUGGAGGAAGGUGACCCAUUUUAAUUUUACACUUCUUAACCAAUGCAACAGUCUGCUUCCCUGGAAAAAUGAAGUAGAAGAUGUAAAAAAAAAACAUUUUCAGCACUUUCAAUUCCACAGAGGCAUGAGUCAGAAUGAUGAUUUAUUGCUGUAAAAGUUCAACACAACAAGAAGUACAACUUUGUGGUUUUGUGCCUCGCCCUAAAUAGUCAAUUUCAAGUGAAGUUUGUUGAGGAAGUUUAGGAUGUGCCUAAAAGGGGCUGUAUGAAAUAUGCAAAAAAAGAGGCCCAUGGUACACAUGACCAUACCAUCCUAAAAGACUCUGUCUUCUAAACAAAUCACUAGUUAGUAAUACAUUUUUCUGGCUCUUCUGUACAUAUGUAACAUACAACCGGCAAGUGCUUUUUUUAUUCUUUGUAACUAUUUGAAUUCACACGUCUCCUGUCUUUGACAGGCACAAUGGCUGUUCCUCCAGCAUAUGCAGAUCUUGGAAAAUCAGCAAAGGACAUCUUCAAUAAAGGAUAUGGUAAGUAAGAGCAAGAUGUAAGUUACAGGUUAACUAUUUCUAAAUUAUGUUGAACUGUACAAAACAGUCCCUCAGUGUCUCUGUCUUUGCAGGUUUUGGGCUGGUCAAGCUCGAUGUGAAGACAAAGUCUUCAAGUGGAGUGGUGAGUUUAGAUGCUACAUAAUAUAUUACUGCUGAAUAUAAAGGGAGUUUAAUGCACGCAGUAUUUGUUAAUGUCAGAAUAGUAACACAGUGUGACUGUUAUUGACAUAAUUGUAGAGGUGAGUGCUGUAUUGAAGUGCCAAAUGCAUUAGAGAUGAUUUAAAAAUAAAGUUAUUCUGUCAAAGACUUUAGGAUGAUUGUAGUACAACUGCAUAGCACUGCAUUUAGUGCAUAAUUAACUUGAUUGUAUGAAAUUGACUUUAAAAAAGUCAUUUGUUAUCCCUGGUCUGCUCCGUCAAUGUAGAGUUACUCUCUGCCUCUCGUGAAGAAGCUCAUGUAUCCUGGGGUCUUGUUAACUUGACCCCAAGAUACUUGAGAUUCAGUCUACCUACCUCACAGCCCUCACCUUUGGUCAUGAGUUUUGGGUUGUGACUAAAAGUUAGAUGGUCCCUUGUAUUUGCUCCACUCAAUGAUGCCCACUGUAUUGACUCUGUAUGUUCUUUUUUCAAUGUGUUGUAAUGUUUUCCAGGUCGUUUAAUUGCCUCCUUUAAUCACUUUAGGAGUUUAAAACAUCCGGCUCAUCCAAUGUAGACACCAGUAAAGUCACAGGGACCCUGGAAACCAAGUACAAGUGGUCUGAAUAUGGGCUGACCUUCACAGAAAAGUGGACCACAGAAAACACACUGGGAACAGAAAUUUGUGUUGAGGACCAGGUGAAUAAAAAUGUCAUUAACUUUUCUGUUCAUCUAUACAUUGACGCUUAUCUUAGACAAUGUUUGACUACUUGAAUGAUCCUCUUUAGAUUACCAAGGGGUUGAAGCUAACUUUCGACACCACAUUUUCACCAAACACUGGGUAUGCUACUGCAUAUUUAGUCAUAAAAAAAUUUAAACUGCUAUCGCUGUAAAUUGACCUCACUGUAUUUUUCUUUUUUUUUCCAACAGCAAGAAGAGUGGCAAAGUCAAGACAGCUUAUAAAAGGGAAUACGUCAAUGUGGGUGUAGAUGUAGAUCUGGAUUUUGCUGGUCCUACUAUCCAUGGAGCAGCAGUAGCUGGUUACGAGGGCUGGCUGGCUGGGUACCAGAUGACCUUUGACUCAGCCAAAUCCAAGAUGACACAGAGUAACUUUGCGGUUGGUUAUAAGACCGGGGACUUCCAGCUUCACACUAAUAUGUAUGUUUUUGUUUCAACAAAAGAUGACCAACAGAACUGCAGAGUAGCACAAAUAUUUUGCCAGAGAACGUCCUAAUUUGCAGAUUAGGUUAAGCAGGAGGGUGUCAACUUGCAAAUAAUCUGUUUUCUAUUUGUAGUAAUGAUGGUGCAGAGUUCGGUGGAUCCAUUUACCAGAAGGUGAAUGACAAUCUGGAGACAGCAGUGAACCUCGCCUGGACAGCAGGCAACAACGGCACUCGCUUUGGCAUUGCUGCUAAAUACCAGUUAGAUUCCAGUGCCUCCAUAUCAGUAAGUGUCUUUUUUUCAAAUAUUUUGCACCUAUUAAAGUUACUCCCCCUCCAUGUUUGUAAAUGUUUCCUCCCUCCAUGUGUUCUUAAACAUUUUAGAGACAUUUUUGAAUGACCAAGUUGCAUGAUUGAAACUAUAAUAUGAACAUUCUGACAUUUAAAUGUCUGAAAAUCAGACACAUCUUGAUGUAUUUAAGCUGUUUACUUAUCAUUCCAGGUUUUUCCACUAGUAGCUGUAUUGAAACUAACACUACAUUUCGGUCUUCAACGUUUUUAGCUAAUCUACCCAUCAAUCCUCUGGUUUUUACUCCAUUUGAAGACUCCCAUGUUGGAAUUACAUGCCUUGAAUUUUCAUAUAAAUGGAGAAAGGAGAUGUAAAGAAGCUGUGUUAGAUAUCUAAAUCUAAGUUAACUGAAAAUGUCAAUGUUUUUUCUUCAGGCAAAGGUGAACAACGCAAGCUUGGUAGGAAUUGGAUACACCCAGACUCUUCGGCCUGGUGAGAAUCUUCUUAUUCAAUAUAUUACAACACUCUCAGGAGCAAUAGACCUCUCUGCAAGUAACUUAAAAAAAUACAGUACAUGCAGUGUUUCCCUCAGAAUGACACUUAAGUUCAUUUUAGCGCAACAUGUCGCACAUUAACUCCAGAGUAUUUUAAUAUCAAGAGAAAAAAAGGAACACUUGCAGCCCACUCAGGUAUCAUCUAUGUAUGGUGAAUGGUGAUGUAUGUAUGUGUUGCUUUUGUAUUUCAGGUAUGAAACUAGUCCUCUCUGCCCUGGUGGACGGGAAGAAUAUUAAUGCUGGCGGGCACAAACUUGGUCUGGGCCUGGAGUUGGAGGCAUGAGGAUCUGCUCACCCAUUUCAUUAGAAGAAGAAAAACAUCAGCAGAUUGUGACCCUGAGCUCCGUGUCUGGUCAGCAACAAAUAUUUUAAAGAAGAAGACAGAGCCAAAACUGAGUAAGAACCCCAGCUCCCGAGCACUGCUAGGUUAUAAACCUUUCCCACCAGCCUUUUUUGGGUUGCAGUUAUAAAAAUCUAGAAAUGUUUAAAUCAUGUAUUUAUCAUUUGUUGCUCCCUCUGCCAAGUUAUCCUCUAUGGUGAUAGAAAAACCUCCUCUGGGAAUGGUUUUCCAAAAACAAAGGCUUGUUACUUUGCUGAAGUGUGAAACUGUAGAAUGUAUAACUGAGCUGUUAUUUUGCACAAUAGAAUAUACACUUAUUUAAGCGCUUUCUCCUUUAUUUGCACAUUUUGUUUUCGGUAGUCAAACUCUUUCUGUUGCAAGAGUUGCUUAAGAAUUAUGAAUAUGUAUGUCAAGAUCUCUAUAGAGGCUUUAUUAUGCUGUGUGAUGACUUUGAGACCUCUACCACCCAGAAUACUUGCUUCAAAGUUGCAAGACAAUGCUAAAUGGAUUCUCUUUUCCUCAGUGUGGUUUGAGUGAAAGACUAUCUGAGUGAAACCUCCACUUUUCUUCCCAUUUUUGAAGACUGUGACACUUAUCAUGAAGUGGUUUGUGUGUCUAACCAGUGUCUAACCUUUGCAAUAAAGUCUUUAAAUCCACCAACUUCCUCUCCUGUUGUUUACAAUAAUACAUUAUAAAUAGUAUAAGUUUAAGUUUGAUCAGAAAUGAUGACAUAAAGACAAAGGGUAUAUUCACUUUUUUUUUAAUAAAACUAUUUUUUCAAACCCUGCA